CUAUAUACUUAAAUUAAGGGCUGUUUACAAAUUAAUCCGGAUGAUCGUCCAGCUAUGGAUGCAAUUGUUCGUUUUAUGGAGGGGGAAUGUGAUGGUUUUAAUUAUGAACGAGACAGAGCUUAUAGAAAUGUCCAAGUAUGGUGUGAAGAAGAAGUUCAAAAUUUUUAGAUUUUUUAUAAAUUUUGGCGCUUACGUAAACUGAAAAGGCUUUUUGGGAUUUUCGGAUAUUUCGAGAACUUUUUUUUUGCUUUUU